AUGUCGUCGUCCGACAUCCCGUCUUCCUGCCGCGCCGUCGUGAUUGAGAAAGCCGGCGCUCCGUGGACUAUCAAAGAAGUGCCCGUCUCUGCACCCAAGUCGGGCGAGGUUCUGAUCAAGGGCCAUCUGGGUGAACAUGUCUUCCCUCGAGUUCCAGGACAUGAAGUCAUCGGGAAGGUAAUCGCAGUUGGCGACGACGAAAAGAAAUGGAAAGUUGGAGAUCGAGUGGGUGGAGGAUGGCAUGGUGCGCAUGAUGGGUCCUGCAAGGCGUGCAACAAGGGCCUAUUCCAGAUGUGUGAGAAUGAACUUGUCAAUGGUGUUAGUAGAGACGGUGGAUAUGCCGAAUACUGUACCCUCCGUAGCGAGGCUGCAGUGCGCAUCCCCACCGAUGCAAACCCUGCGGAGUACGCUCCUCUACUCUGUGCUGGUGUUACGGUAUUCAAUGGCAUACGCAAGAUGAACAUCCAACAGGGUGACACUAUUGCUGUGCAAGGACUUGGUGGCCUAGGACAUCUCGCAGUACAAUAUGCUCGCAAAAUGGGCUACCGUACCGUCGCUGUAUCAUCCUCAGACAACAAAAAGGACUUUGCCUUCCAACUUGGCGCAACAGACUAUAUUGACACUUCGAAAGAGAGCGCCUCUGAAGCACUCCAAAAGAUGGGUGGCGCGAGCCUCAUCGUUGUCACAGCACCAAAUCCGAAGAUCAUAGGGCCAUUGGUUGAAGGACUCGGGCCUUUGGGCAAACUACUCGUCCUUGCGCCUGUAGGCGAUAUACCGGUCAAUACCGUAAGCUUGAUCACGAAGGGUAAAUCGGUCCAUGGAUGGCCUUCAGGGCACGCGCUGGAUAGCGAAGAAGCAAUCGACUUUGCUGAGAAACAAGGCGUGAAGUGCAUGAUCGAGAAGUUUCCAUUCGACAAAGUAGAAGAUGCUGUUCAGCACAUGGAAAGUGGGAAGGUGAGGUUUAGGAGCGUGAUCGUCAUGGAGUAG